AACAUGUUGCCGUGUACAGUGCGCAUGCUCACUGAGCAUUGUUGUUGGAGUCAGCUGGUGGUUGUCAGUCUGGCUGAAAGUGGAGAAAAAUAUCAAGUGAAACGGAGCAAAAGCCGAACGGAUUGAAAUAUUUUACAGAAGCGACAGUGGAGCUCUCGGAUGGAGGCAGAGCCGGAGGACCAGGAGGAGGAAGAGGCGGCUGCUGCCAUGCUGUGGUCCAUCCAGGAGGCUCUGGAGAGGCAGACCCAGCAGAUCGGAGCGUCGGCCUGCGGGGCCACAGCGGUGGUGGACGUCCUGAAGGCCCUCGGUGUGGAUGUUUCGCCGGAAGAAGCUGACCGCUGCGUCCAGACCCGCCUGAGGAGGAACGAGUCUCCGCUGCCUGACUACCUGCUGUCCCGCAGCGAAGCUGGUGCGACUCACGCUCAGCUGAUCCGAGGCGCUCAGGAGGCCAGCGGCGGGAAGGCCGUCGGCCGCUUCUUCCACCUUUAUCCCCGGCGGCGCGUCAGGUUGGUCCCGUGGCUCGCACGCUGGAUCAGGAAGGGCGCCGUUCCCGUGGCGACCAUGAACAUGCAGCUGGCCGUGCCCGACGGCGAGGAGGUGCCCGACGCUUGGCACCAUCAGCUCAUAUUUGGAGUCGCACCCAGAGCCGUUUUUAUGACCAACCCUUUGGAUGUAGUCGGGGAGGUCGAAGUUCACCAGCGACUCUGCAGCCAGUCAGUGCUGCUGGUUCGUCGGGAAGACGUUCUGCAGAGAUUGACGCCUGACGGUUCGCCGCCUGACCUCUCUGACAUCCAGUCCGACCCGCGCUGGCAGAAGCUGGACGUCGAGGGUCAAGUGAGGCAGAUUAUGUUGGAGGAAGAGCUGGAGGACGGGCCCAGGACGGCUCACGUCAGCAUCCCCGCGGCGUACAGUUCAGGGGUCACGCUGUUCGCGCUGACGGGUUCAGAUGCGGCUCAGCAGCUCCUCAAGGCUCCUGAACUUCCUCUGCUGUGAGGACGGAAGAGCCGACUGGAGAAACGCUGGACUGGAAGGCAGCUUUCUGAUUAUUCUCCUCCACUCAGCCACAACGCUGAUUUUCUGAGUUCAGUGAUUUAUUUCAGAAGCAAUAAAAGCCUCGAAUCCAUCUGAGAUAUGAGACUGAAAUAUAGAGAUGGAGGUGGUGAGCUGCGGUUCAUUUUCUGCUCCGCUUCUUCCACUAAAGAUGGAAAAACAUCUUGUUUCACAUGUAAUAUUGUAAUAAUAAUAAUAAUACAUGUUUUUGUGGAAU